UGCCUAACUAGCGAAGAUAAAUAACAUUAAAAAAAAGCCAGUGACAGCUGAUUCACAGAUUUGUUGUUGUAUUUCUUUACCUUUGUUUUUAAUUUAAAAUUACAAAAAGAGAAAUGGUCGAUGAUUUAAGGAAAUAUCUAAACCAUUUGCUUGAAAAGGUGAACGGUCUUCAUUGUAUCUUAAUUACUGAUCGUGAUGGAGUUCCUGUAGUGAGAUCUGUUACAGAAAAGGCUCCUCAAUUAGCUUUGCGACCUAAUUUUAUAUCCACAUUCGGCAUGGCAACAGAUCAAGCAAGUAAACUUGGGCUUGGGAGAAAUAAAACUGUUAUAUCAAUGUAUUCUAGCUACCAGGUGAUUCAAAUGAAUAAGCUGCCCUUAGUAAUAACAUUUAUUGGCAGUGAUAAUUGCAACACUGGUCACAUAUUGUCUUUGGAAAGUCAAAUAGAACCUUUUUUGAAGGAUCUAGGAACUAUUGUGGCAGAUGCUCCAUGAUUGUGAUUAUGUCUUUAAUUUAUUCCUACUUUUCUACAAUUAGUUAAUCAACUUUUGUAAGGUCAAGUUUCAAUUUCAACUCCUAAAAUUUUGUAGAAUACAUAAAGAAAAGUUCUGUUAAAAUUGGGUUAGAGGUUUUUUUU